AUGGCCCAAUUGAAGUCCAUUUCCGCUUUCUCAUCCUCCAACCUCGCUUUUCACGGUCCCAAAAGAGAGUCAUUUCCGUAUCAUGGCAAAGUUUGUUGUCCAGGGAAAUUAUCUUCAUUUCAAGAGUUGGGGGCAAGAACGAGUGAGCUACAGGGGAAUGCAUUUGCGGUUUCUAGUGGCAAUGGGAGUGUAACUAGAGCUCAUGACAAGCAAGUUAUUAGAGCAGUGUUGCCCAGUUAUAGUGAGACAGAAGUGUCUGGAUCUACGAAAGAAAGAGGAUUACGUGGCAAGUUGAAUAAGGUUGUUCUGGCCUAUAGUGGUGGCUUAGACACAUCAGUCAUUGUUCCGUGGCUAAGGGAGAACUACGGUUGUGAUGUUGUUUGCUUCACGGCUGAUGUUGGUCAAGGUUUAAAAGAAUUGGAAGGUCUGGAAAAGAAGGCCAAGGCCAGUGGGGCUUCUCAGUUAGUAGUUAAGGAUCUGAAGGAGGAGUUUGUAAAAGACUAUAUAUUCCCUUGCUUGCGAGCUGGUGCAAUCUAUGAGAGGAAAUACUUGCUGGGGACUUCAAUGGCCCGCCCUGUUAUUGCUAAGGCCAUGGUUGAUGUUGCCAAAGAAGUUGGAGCUGAUGCCGUAGCUCAUGGAUGCACAGGGAAAGGAAAUGAUCAGGUUCGCUUUGAGCUGACGUUUUUCGCUCUCAAUCCCAAACUAAAUGUUGUGGCUCCUUGGAGGGAGUGGGAUAUUACAGGUAGAGAAGAUGCUAUUGAAUAUGCUAAGAAGCAUAAUGUGCCUGUGCCAGUGACAAAGAAAUCCAUAUACAGCAGAGAUGGCAAUUUGUGGCACCUUAGUCAUGAGGGUGAUAUAUUGGAAGACCCGGAAAAUGAGCCUAAGAAGGAUAUGUUCAUGUUAACAGUCGAUCCAGAAGACGCACCAAAUGAACCUGAGUAUGUAGAUAUCGGGAUCAUUUCUGGAAUUCCGGUCUCAGUCAAUGGGAAGAAUCUGUCACCGGCAUCUCUACUUGAUCAUCUAAACCAGAUUGGUGGAAGACACGGAAUUGGCCGUGUGGACAUGGUUGAAAACCGACUCGUUGGUAUGAAGAGCCGUGGAGUGUAUGAAACUCCCGGAGGCACCAUCCUCUUCGCUGCUGCACGUGAGCUGGAGUCUCUAACGCUGGACAGAGAAACAUUGCAGGUUAAAGACUCGUUAGCCCUGAAAUACGCGGAGCUGGUGUAUGCAGGCAGGUGGUUCGACCCGCUUCGUGAAUCUAUGGAUUCAUUCAUGGAGGAAAUCUCAAAAACAACCACAGGAUCAGUGACUCUCAAAUUGUACAAGGGUUCAAUUACUGUGACCAGCAGGAAGAGUCCGUACAGCCUGUACAGGCAAGACAUCUCGUCAUUUGAGAGUGGGGAUAUAUAUGAUCAAGCUGAUGCAGCUGGGUUCAUUAGGCUGUACGGCCUUCCCAUUAGGGUGCGAGCAAUGCUCGACUCUUGA